AUGUCAUCGUCAGCGGGACUGGAAGUACGAUCAUUGUACAGAUCAUUAUUACGGACAUCGAGACAAUUCGCUGCAUACAACUUCAGGGAAUACGCGAAGAGGAGGACAAGAGAUGCGUUCAGGGAUAGUAAGACUGUGACAGACGAGAGGCAAAUACAGGAGCUUGUGCAGAAGGGCUUGAAAGAGCUGCAGAUAUUGAAGAGACAAACAGUGGUAUCUCAAUUCUUCCAGCUGGACAGGUUAGUGGUGGAAGGCGGCAAGACGGGAAAGCAGACCGGUGACAAAGGCGAUAUAACGCGGAAUCGGGAUAUGGGAUGGGAUUGA